AUGGAUUUUCUGUUUGGUCGCCGCAAAACUCCUACUGAGAUGCUUCGACAGAAUCAACGAGCACUAAAUAAGGCAAUGAGAGAGCUAGACAGGGAGAGGUCAAGACUUGAAAUGCAGGAAAAAAAAAUUAUAGUGGACAUUAAAAAGAUGGCUAAGAUGGGUCAAAUGGAGUCAGUAAAAGUGAUGGCUAAAGAUCUUGUUCGAACUCGACGUUACGUAAAAAAAUUUGUAAUGAUGAGAGCGAAUAUUCAAGCAGUGUCUUUGAAGGUACAAACUCUAAAAAGUCAAGAUGCCAUGGCACAAGCUAUGAGAGGGGUAACGAAAGCAAUGCGUAGUAUGAACAAACAGUUAAACCUACCACAAAUACAAAAGAUAAUGAUGGAGUUUGAGCGACAAUCGGAGAUCAUGGACAUGAAGGAGGAAAUGAUGGGAGAGGCUAUAGAUGACGCAAUGGCUGAUGAAGGUGACGAGGAAGAAACUGAAGCUGUGGUUUCUCAGGUGCUUGAUGAGCUUGGUAUUCAAAUGAACGAAGAGUUGGACGCCUUACCUACAGCUCAGGGUAACCUAGGCCCUGCAGAGACGAAAAAACAACCUCAAGCAGCAUUGUCUGAUGCAGACGCUGAUUUACAGCAAAGGUUAGAAAACCUUCGGAGGGAGUAA